AAUGACCUGAAGAGUUUACUUACUUUUUAGUUGUCAAGUAAAGGUCUCAUAUUACACCGAGACGAUUCUAUGAAGAUACAUCACAGCCACUACAUCACAGAUAUCUUUGGGAUCACUUUCAGAGAAGUUUUUCCAGCUGAUGAACGAUGCAUUUUCCAGCCAAUCAAAUCCACACGAACAAUAUGAAACUGCAGCACGUGAGCUAAGAAUAAAUACAACGUUAUCGACCGUUGUUGUUUACAGACAGUUAUCAUUACAGUUGUAGUUUAUAGCACGAUAACAACAUUAUUCCUGGUUGGCGAUGUGGGGGGGGGGGGGGUAAUUCGUUUCGUGUUAUUUCCUCAUGAACCUUUCAAAUCCAUUUCAAGCGCAACAACCCCCCUAUCGGUGAAAUACAGUAAUAGCACCUUACGUUUCUUUGAGUCAUGUACUGCACAACAGAGUAAAUAGCCUGAAGAGGGAAACGUUUUAACUGGGUUCAUGUACAAAGGCUUGUUUUUAAUUUAUCCGUGAAAGUCAUGAACUAUUCAAAACCAGGGCAUAUGAAUGUUUGAAGGAAUAACAGUGAGUGUAAAGCAGCAGAUGGCAGCAUUGCAUAACAACACAGAGCAUCUCCAUGGUGUUCAGUCAUUCUGUAUCUCUGGGUUUGGUUGGCAGAGGAGCUUAACACUCCGUCAUAUACAGACACACAGGCUGAUGCUCAAUCCUUUUCAUCAAUGUGUAUGGUCAUAUUUGCUCCGCUUUUUGCUGUUUUAGCAUUUGCAACAUGUGGGGGAUAUUCAGGCGAGAUAAUGGUUAAAGUAGAAUGUCUGGACAAAACCGAAAACAAUUUCAGCAUUAGUUUCAACUACCCAUUCAGACUCCAGCAGGUGCAUUUCAAUGCUCCUCUAUGUGAAGGUGCAAGAAAAGAGACCGUCUUUCUCGAGGGAGAUUAUUCUUCAUCUACCCAGUUUUUCGUCACCGUGUCGGUCCUGGCCUUUCUCUAUUCUCUAUUGGCUACAGUCGUUUACUUCUUCUACCAGAACACAUACAGAGAGAAGAACAGAGGUCCAGUAGUUGACUUUCUGGUGACUUUGGCUUUCGCUAGCCUGUGGCUGGUAAGCUCAAUUGCCUGGGCUAAAACUCUGUCUGGUGUGAAAACGGCAACUGAUGUGCAACAGAUUCUGCUGUUGAUAUCUGCAUGCAGAGCCCAGGAGAACCUAUGUGAGGUCCUACAGGAGCCCAUCUGGACAAAUCUUAACAUGUCUGUGGCCUUUGGUUUUUUGAACUUCUUCCUUUGGGCUGGAAAUAUUUGGUUUGCCUACAAAGAGACGGGCUUGCACAAGUCCACCCAGCGGUACCCAUCAAGAACUCCUUCUGAGAAACGCGGCAGCUUUAGGCAAUACAGUCAAACCAGUUUUGAUCAAUCUGGGACUGGCUUUGGCCAGAGGCUCUACAACCAGGGCAGUUUUGACUUAUCAAGCGGAGGCUUCAGCCUACCCCAAACCAAUCUAGGACAGCCGAUGUUUUACAGACAGUUGGGAAGUCCCACAUCCAGAGGUCCUCUCAUAUUUGUUAAUGAGAUGUAAAAUAGAGAGGGAGAGAGAGAGAGAGAGAAAGAUACAAAGAAAAAAAUGCGUUCUCAGUUGUUGUUGUGAAUUUAAUAUAUCAUGUGAUGUAGAAAUCGUGCAGUUUUUGUAGAUAUCAGUCUGCAUACUGUUAUUUAUCUGUUAAAAAUGAAGUCCUAUUGAGCUGAAUUAUUUUGUAUCUUUAUUAUAAAUAUGAAUAUGCAUACAUUACAUUGUUUCAAAUAUGAGUGUGGACUUUUCUUUAGUGAAAAGGUGCCAGAUUGUAAUACCAUGGUACUUUAAUACAUACUUAAAUACAAUUUAUAUGUGACCCUGUCUGUGAAAUCCAAGCUGUAAUCUGAUUAUCAGAAAGUUUCAUUUCACUUGUUGGUUCCACUUAAUUUCCUUAAUCAAUAUUAAAGAUACCAAGGUUAUAUUUUCACAGAAUGCUCUUUAUAUGCAGGAUGAUUUUAUGUAAAUAAACAGUAAAUAAAAAAAGCUUUGUUUUCAGGGGGUUGGUCACAUAUACAAUGGUAUUUUCUUUGUGCUCAUGUAUUGCUACAAAACAGUAUUAUAUGGUAUUGUCAUCAUAAUAGUCUUUGUAAUACAAUGCUACUUUGUUGGAUGUCUUCUAUUUUUAUUUUCAAAACUGAAAGAUGACGUAAAAGCCAAACAGCAGAUGCUUUUAUGUUCUGGUAUGAAUAAUGAUCAAUUACUAGUAGACAAGCAUAGAUUUUGUGGACCUCCAAUUGGCACGAAAUCCUGUAGAUAUGGUCUGUGUCUGUCAGAGAUAUUUUUAAUGAAUCAUAUUGUCUAACCGCACAGUGGUUAGUGCUCAACGAAUGCAUAGCUAUAAGCAUGCAAGAGUCAAUCACAUAAAAUCCAAUGCAAUAAAAUCUGAGUGUUGUUCCUUUUUAUUGUACUCGAACUCAAAAUUGUAGAAAUGUUACUGUAUAAUCUGAUUGCAUCGUAAAAUGAAGUAAUAAAAUCAUACUUGUUCAACUAAA